AUGCUCUGGCUAACAUUUGCAACCAAAUUUUGGCGCCUCCUGAUCGAUUCGAUAGGCGAGGAUGCCGUUAGAAAUCGAUGCUCAAAAGAAGAUCUGGCCCGAAUUCAAAACAAGAUUCACCUGGUCUGCUUGCCGAGUGAAGAUGAGAUGGGGAGACAGCUCUGGAUCGUCGAUGAGGGCCGACUUCCCGCAUGGAACGAUGACUACAAACCAGUGGAGCAGGCAGCCGAGCCCAUCAGAAACUUCUUGGAAAGGCAGCAAGCCGCCAUGGAUGAUAUCAUCAAAUACUAUGAGGAAAAUAAGGGCAAUUUGGCCGACAUGCGAACAAUGGCCGGGCAGAUCAGGUUCGGCAAAAAUGCGAAUCAAUCCAGCUGCAACCUCAUCAUCCACAGCAAAGACCUUUCGGACCGGGCGAUCACGAAACAGCUGGCUGAGAUGGUCCUCUCGGUGUCGUUCACCAGAUUUGUGCCGGAAAAGAACUCUCGGGUCAAGAUUGUUUCCGAGAAUACGGCAACUGGCCACCUACUGACGCAGGUCGUCGAAAUUCUAUUGGAAAACGGAGUCGACAUCGACAUCCUGCACGUAAAGGUCAAGUCCGAUGUGGCCGUGAUGAUGGGCAAACACCUUGGCACAAGAAACUUCACGCCAUUCACGCCGCUGUGCGCCGGCAUGCUCGACGAUUACAAGGCAUUGGCGAAGACAUUU